AUGUCGUAUCCAGCACCAGUCGGCGGUGCAUCUCUACUGCUCGCAUUUCGUGCACAAUUGCGCCCGGUGCUCAUCGUGGGCGCCAACCAGCUGGCGGCAUCCCGAGCUCUGUCGGCUCUUGAAGCCGAUUAUCCUGUCACUGUACUUUCUACUCAUGGCUUAAACUCUGCUUGCGACGAACUACGCUGGCGCUCCGAACAAGGACAGCUUAAACUGGUCGACCUACAGGCCGACCCGUCCAGUAGUACUUCGGACCUUCCUGCGCUCGUGCGGCACCUUGACACUCCCGGCGGCAUCUCGUUAGUCUGCGUGGCAGACACGAUCCUAUCCGGAGACUCUUCAGCCACUCGCCGCACGCGCGACUCCGCCCAACAAAUCGUCAACGCCUGUCGCGCCCGCAACAUCCCCGUAAAUGUGACGGACAUGCCCGACCUCUGCGACUUUACAUUCGCAUCCACGCAUCGCUUCACGGACACUCGGACAAACGAGAAGACGCCUCUUCAAGUGGCGGUUCUUACGAAUGGACAGGGAUGCCGCCUGUCAUCGCGUCUCCGGCGGGAGAUCGUCGCGAAGAUUCCGCGGGACGCGGGCGCUGCCGUAGCGCGCGUCGGACAGUUGCGCCGCAUGGCGCGGGACUCGGCCGAUAGUGAAGUAGAUGUUGACGCCGACGGAGAUGCGGCGCCUACGCCGAACGCGCCGGUCCCGCAGCGCGUUCUUGGUGCGACGGAAAACGGGGUUGAAAGGACAAGGCGCCGAAUGAAAUGGGUCGCGCAGGUCAGCGAGUACUGGCCGUACUCGCGUCUGGCGGAGAUGUCUGAUUCAGAUAUGGCGGCGGUGCUCAGUGGUGGCGAAACCUCCUCGGCAGCUCCGUCCCUGAAUAGAACAUUACCCAUCGCUUCGCAUGCGGGAGACAGUGAAGUUGGUUCACUACAUGCGCUCGACUUGAGCGGCCAAGCGCCUGUCCCACCACCAGGACGGAUAUACUUGCUCGGUUCUGGGCCAGGACAUCCGGGUCUUCUUACAGUUGCCACUCGUGAUGUCCUCACAGCGCGGGCCGAGCUUGUACUCAGUGACAAACUCGUACCAGAAGCCGUUCUUGCCCUCAUUCCUCCACAUGUCGAAGUUCGCAUCGCGCGGAAGUUCCCAGGCAACGCGGAAGGCGCUCAAAACGAGAUGAUGGAGGCGGCCGUGGAAGCAGCUCGAAGAGGCAUCACUGUUGUACGGCUGAAACAGGGCGACCCAACGGUUUAUGGUCGCGCUGGAGAAGAGAUCUUGUACUUCCGCCAGCAUGGGCUGGAAUGCACUAUGAUCCCAGGCGUAUCGUCCGCACUUGCCGGACCCGUUUUUGCUGGGAUACCCGUUACGCAGCGUGGUGCGGCGGAAAGCAUGAUCUUGUGCACGGGUGUUGGACGGGCUGGCAAGGAAGUCUCCGUACCGGGUUACGUGCGCAGCCGGACGCUCGUUAUGCUCAUGGGUGUUGCACGGUUACCAGCCAUCGUCGACGUAUUGACCGGCGCCGAUGCACCUCGUCGCUCCGGAGAGGCGUACCCUCUGAACACGCCCGUCGCGAUCAUAGAACGUGCGAGCAUGCCGGAUCAACGUGUGCUCACGAGUACGUUGCAAGACAUCGUUCUGGCUUUGAACAGCUCCGGAGAGCAACGACCACCUGGCAUGAUUGUUGUUGGAUGGAGCGUGCUAUCUUUGUGGGGAUCCGGGGACGUAUCUGUGCUCGAUGCUGAUGCUGACGGGAACGAUGCAUCGCGUGUGCAAAGAUGGUUGAACGGCGAGAAGUGGAGGCUUGUCGAGGGGGUAGAUGAAGUUUGGGAAGGACUCUAA